GGUUUAUAUAAUUCCGAAAUGUAAUAACUCUUAGUACUUAGAUGAAUGCCAUUGUUCAAUAUGUUUAGUGUAUUUAUCAUUUUAGUUAUUUUCGCAGCUUUUGACAGAGGAUGCUGGGCAAUUAACUAUACCUUUCCUGACAAUUUUUUGUUUGGGACGGCAACGUCAUCAUACCAAAUCGAAGGAGCGUGGAACGAAAGUGGGAAGGGUGAAAACACUUGGGAUUGGUAUACUCAUAACUACCCAGAAAGGAUACUUGAUAGAACUAAUGGUGACAUAGCAUGCGAUUCCUAUCACAAAUACGAAGAAGAUAUCAAACUUCUUAAGGAGUUAGGAGUAGAUUUCUAUAGAUUUUCUUUAUCAUGGACAAGAAUUUUCCCAAGUGGAUUUCCAAACAAUGUUAAUUACGAAGGCAUUAAUUAUUACAACAAGAUUCUUAAUUUACUUGCGGCCAAUAACAUUACUGCCAUGGUUACUCUAUUUCAUUGGGAUCUUCCACAAAGACUUAUGGAGUUAGGAGGAUUGACAAAUCCUAGGUUUAUUGCAUUUUAUACCGAAUACGCAAGAACAGCUUUUGAAUUUUUUGGCGAUCGGGUUAAAUAUUGGUUAACUUUUAAUGAACCUUUUCAAACUUGUAUGUUUUCGUAUGGCGAUACAAGAUUGGCCCCUGCUUUAGGAAUGUCAGGGAUUGCUGACUAUCUCUGUGGACAUAAUCUACUUAAAGCUCAUGCUGCUGCUUAUCAUCUGUAUAAUACGACAUACAGAUCAAAAUACGAAGGGAAAAUUGCUAUCUCAAUAAGUGCUGAAUGGUUUGAACCAAAUAACACGUAUGAUGAGGCAGCUGCAGACCGAGUACGGCAGUUCUGGUAUGGUAUACACAUGCAUCCAAUUUUUUCAUCUGAAGGAGAUUAUCCUGAAGUAGUAAAAGAAUAUAUAGCGACUCAAAGCUCUUUAGAAGGUUAUAAACGAUCGAGACUACCACAGUUUACCCCAGAUGAAAUAAACUAUAUAAAAGGAACCUCUGACUUUAUGGGUUUAAAUCACUAUAAUACAUAUUUAGCCACCAAUGCCUCAAGCACUAGUUUAGAAACUUCUUAUUACAAUGACAUUCAGGCUAGCUACUGGCUUAGUAGUUCGAACAUGGAAGACUCUGAUACUGCACGGAUUGUCCCGUGGGGUUUCAGAAAAUUAUUGGUGUGGGUAAAAAAUACGUUCAAUGAUCCAGAAAUCUUUGUGACGGAAAAUGGAUACUACGAUUUCGGUGACAUUGACGACAGAGGGAGAAUUUCAUUUUAUGGCCAAUAUCUUGAAGCUCUCUUGGAAGCCAUCUAUAUUGAUAAUGUUAAGGUUAUUGCCUACACCGCCUGGACUUUAAUGGAUAACUUUGAAUGGAAUUUGGGAUAUGAGUAUAAAUAUGGAAUUUAUUAUGUAAAUUUUACUGAUCCCGAUCGUCCUAGAAUUCCAAAAUCGUCGGCAUAUUUCAUUAAAAACGUCAUUGGAAACAGAACAGUAGUGAGUUAUGACAGAGUUGUUUAAAAUGAAGGCCUACCUACCUAUGUAUAUACAGUUUAUAAGGCUCCAUAAGCGUUACUUUUCAUAAAAGUAACACCAAACUUAUUGGUUGUUUAGUACUUUACUUUAUCAUUUGUAUUGUAUUACGUUGUACUAUUGUAGGGUAACAUUCCUUUAUUUUGCUUAAAAGACUACAAUUAUUUUUUGAAUUAAGAAGAUUUUCCUCAUUAAAUAACAUUUAAUUUCUAAUGUGAAAAAAUCUGAAGUCGCAUUACAUGAUAAAUUAGUCUUUAUUACAAGUUUACUGUAUCCGACAUUAGGGUUAAAUAUGUUUUAAAUGUAAUAAAUGUAAAUAAUACGU